AGCCACGCAGCUUUCCCGAGCUGGAGCUGUCAUCACUCCUGUCUGGGUACCAUCUCCCAUCAGGCCUCCUCACUGCUGCCUGGCAUCACGCCCUAGAGAAAAAGCCGUGCAGCCCUCUGCAGGUCUGCGAGUGUAAGUGUCUGCGGAGGCGCACCUCAUUGCGAGAAUCAGGAGGAAGAGGACUGCCAAGGAUAGGCCCGGGAGUAAUGGAGUCCAAAAAGGAACAACUUGUAAAAAAUCUCAACACUGAAAAUGGGGAAAAAGUUGAAGAUGCGCAAGAUGCUAGGAAAAGAGAGCCUCCAGCCCUUGCUUUGGGACCUGAUGAAUAUUGCCUGCCUAGAGGCAGCCGUAGGCGUUUCCGGGUUAGGCAACCCAUCCUGCAGUACAGAUGGGACACGGUUCAGAAGCUUGAAGAAUCAAAGGCAAGGAUGAGAGAAGGGAAUAUUGAGAGUAUUGAGGAGGAGAUGAGACAGCUUCUGCAAAAACUAAAGGAAAAGCAUUCUAGUCAUAGUUUGAGGGCUGUUAGCACUGACCCCCCUCACCAUGACUAUCAUGAUGAGUUUUGCCUUAUGCCUUGAAUCCUGAUAUUUACUCAUAAGUUAGCAGGGAGACAUCUGCUUUCUAAACUUACAUUUUGUGAUAUGCUUUUGUUGUAAACAAUUUGAUGUCAUUCCUUUCAGAGCCUCUAAUUACCAGCUUGUAGGUGAACACUGCAUUUUUGACCCUGUCUAUGAGAUUUUGUUGGCAAAGCAAUUUUAUGUAUUGCAUGGAAAGAUGCUCAAUAUAUAUUGUGAAGUUAAUAAAGCAGUUUAAAAAGCA